UUUUUUUUUCUUCUUUUUUUCUUUCGCUUUCAUUCUCUAAUAUCAAAGGAAUUUACUCAAAAUUCAUGACCUGCUAGCAGGCUUUGAUACCAUAUCUAUCCUCUUCCAUCCAGCAGCACAAGUCAAUCGAUAUACCCUGGAAAUGAUGGAAGCGCCCGGAAAUUGGUGCAUGGCAGCAAGCGAAGGGUGGCAGGGGUGUGGACCGUUAGAAGGACCUGUUCAUCCUGGUCAGAGACUAGGGGAAUCAGGAAUCAGGGCCGUUCAUGGAUGCAGAAGAGAACGGGUAUGAGCGGAAGCAUGUGGCUGGGUGGGUGUAGCCCCGAUAUGUGAUUUUUUCGAGUUUAGGAUGUUGAGGGAAUGGCAGUUUAUAUCCAUUUUGUUUCUUCCAGUUUCCCCCGUUUCCCUAUUUCCUCUUUUGCUUUCCUUUUUAGCUGUAUGCGUUUACUGACGGAAGAAUCGAUUCAUACAUGGAUGACAGACAACACAUGGCGUGGUCUGGACAUCGAUCCGGGUAUCCUUCAUUCCCUCCCCCCUCCAAAAAUAUGGCAGCAGCCGACGGUCGAACUCAGGCCUCCUUGGCGGGUGUGAUCGAGGGCAACCAACAACCCCCACCAUCGAACUGCUUGCAACGUCUCAUCAGUCAGCACUGCUAGCAUCUGCUAGGCAACUUCUCGAGCAAAAAGCCUGAACGCAGCCUUUUCCCUUCUCUUUGCUCCCUUGGUUUUUCUUCGUUUGCUUUAAUUUUUCGCAACGUUCUCUCAUCAAUGCACGGCGCGAAUCAUAAGGAGGGAUCCCACGCGAGUGACUGCCGCAUAGCUAACUAAGAAGCGCUUUUAUGUACUGUACAUGUACACAUAGUACUCCGUAUAGUAUGUGCUGUGCCUCGUUAAGUUAAGCCUUGGGGAUAAGUAGCAUAGUAGUAGUAGGACCGUGGAUAGCUAACGUGGAUUAUGUGGGAGCUUCCAACUUAAAACAAAACCUGCUCCGGAAUAGGAGAGAAAUAUAUUAUAUUAUCUGAUUGCAGCUCUCAUGGGGUAGAAUACUGUAAAUAGUAAAUACAUUGGUUGAUGUGAAGUAAAUAUUCUUCUUUGGAAAUAGAAAAGUAGCACUGAAAAACAAAAAACAAAAAAUAAAAAAUAAAUCCAAAAAAAUAAAACGUGGCCCAAAACAGCAAAAGACUUGGCUCCAAGCACAACGCCUUAACUUUCCACCUCACUCAAACAUCUCCACCACCGCCGUCUAUUCUCUGCUCAUCGUCGUCUCUCCCUUCUCCCUUCUCCCCUUUUCACUCUUUUCUCUCCUCCCUCCCCGCCUGUGUCUCUGUGUCGAGUGCGUGUAUGUGUGUGGUGGACUGACAUUCAUCCCUCUCCUGGCUCCCUCCCUGCCAAGAGCAAUUUACUCGCCUUGUCUCCUCUCCUGUCCUCCGUCGGUUCUCUCUCCCAGCCAGAAAUCUCCCCCAAUCCUUCCACCCCCCACCCCCCCCCCCCCUUGCUCCCUCCCUAGUCAAUCCGUCAAGUCGACUAUCAGAGAUGGCUGCUAUUCACGCGCCCUCCCCGAAACUGGACCGCUAUGUCGUUAUCCACGUUGCUACCACCUGCGAUGAACAUGGCGUGUAUGUCACCAAGGACUCGGCAGAGGUCAUCGAAUUGGGCUGGAUAUUGCUGGACUCUGAAAACUGCAAGGAGUUGCAUCGCGAGAGCGUCCUAGUUAAACCAGUUAAUACCCCAAUUACCCCCCUCUGCACGAGCUUGACUACCCUCACCUGGGAACAUGUCCGCUCAGCAGGAACAUUCCGGGACGCCAUCAACCAGUUUGAUGCCUUCGCCCAGGAGCAUCUCCUCUCCAAGAAUCUCGAGUUCUCUUUCGUAACAUUGGAUUCUUGGGACAUGCGUGUCCAACUCCCUCGCGAAGCCCGAGACAAGGCGGUUGUCCUCCCCCCAUACCUCCAGCACUCGCGUACCUUCGAUCUGCGGACGGAAUACCAGCGAUGGCAGCAACACCACCCCGAGUCUCUCCCAUUCGGUCCCAGUGACCUAGCAAACAUAUGUGCUGCUCUCGAGGUCGAGCCCAUGCAGUCAUCCGCUCCCAUCAAACACAAUCUCCCCUUCCAUCUGCAGGCUCUGGCCCCUGCAUCUCCAAGGCGUGCUAUGGAGGAAGCAAUUACUCUGGCCCGAGUCCUCCAUGGAUUGAUCAGAAAAUCACAACCUGCCCACGAACACCCGGAGAUUCUCACCCGCCCAAUGGACGCUCGAGCUGACGUCCGCGCUUUCUUGGCCGAACGCAGUAAAGUUCUUCACAUGAGCGGUCUACCGCACGACACCACCCAGUCCGAGCUAGAGAGUUGGUAUACCCAGUUCGGAGGUCGUCCAAUUGCCUUUUGGACUCUGAGAACCCCUGACCAGCACAAACCUACUGGCACUGGAUUUGCUGUUUUCUCGUCUCACGAAGAAGCUGCGGAAAGUCUCUGCAUGAAUGGGCGUGCUCUGAACGACAAGGCCAUCGAAGUAUCUCCUUCCUCUAGCCGUGUUCUGGACCACGCUGCCGAAAUCCUUACUCCGUUCCCUCCUAGUAAGAAUCGUCCUCGCCCGGGCGAUUGGACUUGCCCAUCCUGCGGAUUUUCCAACUUCCAGCGCCGUACGGCAUGCUUCCGCUGCUCUUUCCCGGCUGUCGGAACUGCCCCAGACCCAAUGGGUUAUGGAGGCUAUGGCUAUGGUCCUCCAUCGAUGAUGCCCCCGCCACACCAUAUGGGACACCAUGGAGGUCAUGGACACUCACGAGGCAUGGGCGGAAAUGGUGGUGUAGUUCCGUUCCGAGCUGGUGACUGGAAGUGCGGUGCUGAGGGCUGUGGCUACCAUAAUUUUGCCAAGAAUAUCAACUGCCUUCGCUGCGGUGGUCCUCGCUCUGGUGCUGCGGUAGUUGCGGACUCUGCUUUCCCUUCGCCAAUGGAUCCUCCAUCUGGGUUUGGAAUGGGUCCGGCAUCUAUUGCCAGCACCCCAGGCCCAGGCCCAUUCGCUUCUAGUGCAGGUGGCUUCGGUGCCUUUGGACAACAGUUUGGAGGUCCUCCCAGCACCUACGCACUUCCCUCUGGCCUGGGAGCCGCCUCCGGCCCCUACCCACCAAUGGGCCAAAUGAGUCAAAUGAAUCAAAUGAAUGCUCCCUACGGAUCAGCCAAUGCAUCCCAUUCCGCGGCCUCGUUCGGUAAUCCGGCCACCCAGGCUGCCUUCACUGGUGCAGACCAUGUCCCUCAGCCCGUUGGCGCCUCCAACGGCAACUUUUAUGGCAACGAUGCCUCCGCUGAUCCCUUCGCUUUCUUGGCCUCCGGACUGGGCUCUUUGACUGUGGAAGAGUCCCGCAGGAAUGGUGCGGCAAAUAACAAAUCUCCAGCAUAAAUUUUGCCAUUGACUUUUGGCCUCGCAAGAGCAUACCCCCGGGAAAUACCAUAUCGAGACUUUUUGUUAAUUUUGGCUUUUGUAAACGUUCGCAUCGCCCUUUUUUGGUUUUAUUUUCGCAAGUUACAUCCAUAGGUGCAUGGCUACUGCUCUAUAUCUAGAGAUGUCUGUCCUGCGAUAUUUGGUGCAUUGGGCGGAAACAGAAGUUCUUUUUCGGAAGGCAGCAAGUUGCUACAUUUGCAUGGAGCAUACAAUAACCAAUCCUGGGCCACAAAAUUAUAUCCGCUUCUGUAUACCCGGGAAUUUUCGUUGAGCAAUUUUCGAUCGGGGACUUUGUUGUUUCUUCAUUUUCUUGUUUGUUUUUACUACACUUUGCUACAACUGUGUUAUCUUAUUAUUUCCGCUUUUGUGUGGUUGAUCGCGUCGUACUAUUCCUGUGUCCUCUUCUCACCUUUUCUGUUUUUUAUAUUGUUUUCUUUAUAUUCAUUCACCAGUUUUCCUUUGUUUCUUUUCCUUUCACCUUUUCGAUCGUGGAACGGCGGACAAUGGUAAAAUUUGAGGGUCGCACGGGUCAGCAUUGAUGGGCGAAACGAAGACAUUUCAGCAUGGCAUGACAUGAUCGGGACGUGCAUAGAUGCUGUUUUCAUAAAGCCAUCACCUUGGUUUCCACGUCGUUCAUUGUCGUCAGCAUAGCGAGUCGGGGGGAAACAAAAAAUUGUUUGUUCUUCUUUUUGGAUUGGUUUGGGUCAUUGGACAGGAUCGUAUAGUAUGAGAAUUUUCCUUCCCUCGAAAUACACCGAAUAUUGUUAGGCGGCAGGAAAGGGGGUUUCCACUAUCGGCAGGGAAAGAAGCCAGAGGUGUAUAUCUCGACACGACCUUCCUUUUAACAACAACUGGGGGGGAUAACGGGGAGAUACAGGUCAACAAAAUCAUCGGAGAAGAUCUACCAAAAAAUGGGAUUUUUAUAUGGGAGAAAACAAAUGAAUUGGGAUGGGUGGUUAAGGCACACAGUGGUAUUACGGAAAAAGGGAAUCGCUACCAAAAAGAGAUGGGAAAGAACAAAUGGACGGAUGAACCAGGGGGAAAAAUCAUCAACAACUUGACUUUCAACAACCCCACCCACAUCCAUUUUUCUCUUUUAAAUAUUACCUCCCGGUUUUCUUUUUAUGAGCUCUGUUCGGGGUAUGCUUCCUCAUUUGCUUUCUCUUUUCUUUUUCUUUCUACUUCUUUUCUUUUUGGAGAAACCAGAUCUAUUGUUUGAUUGUUAUUAUUAUUAUUAUGAUUCUUUUGGCCAUUUUUUGUCUGGAUUACUAUAGGCAACCGGGGGUCGUUUAUUAUGUUGUUGGAGCGGGAAAAACGGAACGGAGCUUCUUCUUUUUUAUAUGUUCGUUUGGGGGCUUCUUAUGCCUUGUUGGUUAGCCGGUUGGUUGGUCGCUUGGUUAGUUGGUUUGUUGGCUGGUUGGGCAUGGCAAAAUGGCAAAAUGGCAGGCAAAUGGCAUGGAUUGGUUUUCUUUUUUAAGUUCCUUGCUUCUUUUUUAUUUUAUUUUUAUUUUUAUUUAUUUCUCUCUUCUCUUCAAGUAUGGAACAGAAAAAUUGGUGGGCGGGAACCGUUUGGAGUGAUGGUGCGUGGUUUGGUGGAAUUUUCUUUUCUUUUUUCCUACAAUUGUUUUUUUCUAUAUUAUCUUUUCUCCUUUUCUUGGUCAUUAGCGACACGGUACUAUACUCUAGAGCCCCCAAUCCUUUCCCUCCCACCCUCCUGAUCGAUUGACUAACAGCUUUUAUCGGACUAUUUUGUUGCUGCAGCUUCCUCUAUCCUUUCUCCUUCCCUCCGCUGUCUCUCUCUCUCUCUCCCUCUCUAUGUUGUGUGUUCGAGGUUGACUUUCUUCCUCCCCCCGCUUCAGCCCCAUAUUUCUCUAUAUAUAUCCUCUAUCUCACUCCCAUAUCUCCUCUUCCCUACUAAAUUGAGAAAAUCGCCUAGCCCAUGUUUAUUAUCCCCCUCUUGACUUCCCCCAGCCCCUAUUCCCCUAAACUCACUAUCAUCAAAUCCCAUAUAUUAAAUGCACAACCCAUCCCUCCUCCGCUCUAUAUCUAUUAUCUAUUCCCCAGAACUGAACUAUUGCUCAAUUAAACUCGUUCAUAGCUAGGGCUAUUCUUCUGUUUUAUCCUUCCCUGCCACUCCUAACAUAUAUACCCUUUGUGAAGUAGGAGUGCGAAUGUGAUGGACGCGCUUGAGCUUCACCACGUCGUCAUCUGCGGAGAGAUACCGGGGCGGUAUGUAGAUCGUAAAAUAUCAAGCUAAGGCCAGAAGCUAAAAUGGAUGUGUAAAUUGAAAUCAGGUAUCCAUUCAUUAUAUAUACCGCAUUAAACCAGAGAUUAUCAAGACCAGACAGAACCAAUACCAGCAGAAAAAAGCGACGGGUGUUGC